AUGGACGACAAUGGCGGCGGAAAGCUUCCAGCAAAGGAUGCUGGGCUCUCAAACUCUGCACUUUCCGUGGGCAUGGCCCUGAUCUUUGUUGGUAAUCUCAUUGCCAGCGAUGGAGAGAGCGUCGAUCUCGCGACCGCGCUGGGCCGCGCAGAGGCUGCGGCGGACCGAUUGUGGAUGCUCUUGCUUGGAUUGGCUGCAGAGAAUCCAACUGAUGUGUCUCACUACAAUCUUCUGGAAGCAGCACAAGUUGUGCUGCAAAGGUUGAGUGAGGACCGUGGCGGUUCAACAGCGUUUGAACCAAGUGCCUUUCGGUUCGCAAUCUUGGACAUGGUUCGUGAAGACGACGAGGAGACUCCUGCAGGGGCCACGAGGGGUCGAUACAAGUGUGGCCGUUGUCAAGCUCUCAAGAAAGGACACAUUUGCCCGUUCGAACCGGUGUUCUUCCGGCGGCGAAAUGAUGAUGAGAGUCCUUUGGAGGCCAUGGUACCGGAUGAGGCAAACACCCAGCAGUGGAGCCCAGAUGACAUGUCUCUAUUCACCUCUCCUGGUGGUCUGUCGCAAGCAGACGAACCAAGAGCCAAGAAGCCUCGAUCCCCACCAAGAGAUGCCCCGAAGGCCAAGAAGCCUCGAUACGGACAGGAUGACGAGAAGCAGGGCUACAACUGUGGGCGCUGUGGUGUACCCAAGGUGGGCCACGAUUGCCCGUUCGUGGUCACGUACAAGUUGAAGAAGGAUGAAUCGUUGCCUUCUCCAUCCGAAAAAGCGGAUGCACAGGGCGGCGAACCAUCUGAUAACGACCAUCGUGAGAGAGACGGCGACAACGACGAUGAAAAGAAGUCUCCGGAGGAAAAGUAG